CAGCCCUAGCGGAAACAGGGAGGGGUCCUGGCUGGGUGGGCAUCGGAAACAGGAAGGCGAAGCAGGCGAGGGAGGAGAAGAGAGAGGGAGAGAGAGAAAAGAUGUCUGAAGUCACAGCAGAGAAGCAGCCCCUGGCUGAACCGCUCCCGCAGGAGAUCCCAGCGCGGCCUGCACUCCCUGCCAAGCAGGAGGCUACCCCAGCCCGGACACGGUGCCCCAGCUCUGACCUGGAGCCAAUCUGCGUCGAGGACGAACCCGCCCGGCCCAGUCCCGAGGGGAAGGUCAAGGCCUCUUCCAGCAACAGCCCUGUCUAUCGCCUGGGUUCCAACCAGUGCUUCCACUGCCUGAUCACGUUCCCGGACGAGAAGUUCAAGGAGCGGCACAUGAAGCGGGAGCACCCCGAGGACUUUGUGCAGGAGAAUCUGCGCGACGCCCUCUUCGUCUGCUUCAUCUGCAGCAAGCCCUUCGAGAGUUCCCGCGCCCUCAUCUGCCACCAGCGCGGGCACGCCCCCGCCCCGCCCCCCGACUGCCCCGACUGCCUGCGCCCCGCCUUUGAGUGCUCCGACUGCGGCCGCCGCUUCGGCCAGCUGGCCAACUACCAACGCCACCGGCUGGGCCACGCCGCCGGCCGCAGCCUGCCCCACCAGUGCCCCGACUGCGGCAAGAGCUUCCGCCAGCUCUCCAAUCUGCGCCGCCACCAGGCCUCCCACCAGCGCCCCCUGGAGCUGCUGCCCUCCCGCCCCUACUCCUGCACGGAGUGCGGCGAGAGCUUCGCCCAGGAGGCCGGCCUGCACGAACACUACAUCCGGCACGCCCGUGGCGAGCUCUAG